AUGUUUCCAUCACUAAUUGAAGCUUUCUUGGCCGGAGUAAUAACACUUUGCCUAUGUUUCUACUCUAUAGCAAAAAUUAGAACCAGUAGCAACCGAAUAAAUCAGAGAAAGUUACCCCCUGAAGCUGCUGGUGGUUGGCCCAUAAUAGGCCACUUCCAUCUAUUAAGAGGUCCCCAACUAUUACACAUAACCCUGGGAAAACUAGCAGAUAAAUAUGGUCCUAUUUUCACUCUUCGGCUAGGCCAGCACAGACUCGUAAUUGUGAGCACUAUGGAACUAGCAAAAGAAUGCUUUACUACAAAUGAUGUUACCUUCUCUAACCGGCCGAACACUGUAGCAUUUCAUCACAUGAGCUACAAUUUAGCCAUGUUUCCCUUCAACAAGUAUGGUCCAUACUGGCGCGAUUUGCGUAAGAUUUCUACGCUGAAGCUGCUGUCCAGCCAAAGGAUUGCGAAACUUAGAGAUGUGUAUGAGUCUGAGGUGAGGGCAAUGAUAAAAUCAGUCUAUGAUUCAAAUGGGAUGCCUAUAGAUAUGAAGAGCUAUUUUGGGGAGCUGACUCUGAACUUGAUGGUUAGAAUAAUAGCAGGGAAUAUAGAAAAGAAAAUUGAUUUGUUUGAAAGGGAUAAGUGGCGAAAGGCAAUGAGGGAGUUCUUCGAGAAGAUAGGAUUGUUUACUUUAUCUGAUGUGCGUCCGUUUUUGAAGUGGUUGGACUUUGUGGGAAUAGAAAAUGAUAUGAAGAAGACAGCUAAAGCCAUGGACAGUUUGGUGCAAACAUGGCUAGAGGAUCAUAAAAGGAAAAAGAAUUCAGAUAUUAAUGGUGCCAACGAUGAACAAAUGGACUUCAUGGACGAGAUGCUUCGUGUUAUCGAUUCUGUUGCUGCCCAGUUCCCUGAGUUUGAUGCUGAUACAAUCAUCAAAGCAACAUGUCAGGCAAUGAUGCUAGCAGGAACUGAUACAACGGCAGUCACUCUUACAUGGACUCUAUCCUUACUACUCAACAAUCGCCACACUCUUAGAAAGGCCCAAGAAGAAUUAGACCUUCAUGUUGGUAGAGAAAGGCAAGUGCAAGAAUCAGACAUUGACAACUUAAUAUACAUUCAAGCCAUAAUCAAGGAAACAUUACGUCUAUACCCUCCUGCACAGACACCUCCACCGCGACAGUCUCUAAAAGACUGCAUAGUUGGUGGAUACCACAUCCCGAAAUACACACACCUUUAUGUAAACCUGUGGAAAAUUCAUCGCGACCCCAGUGUGUGGCCUAACCCUUUGGAGUUUCGACCGGAAAGAUUCAUUACUACUCACAAGGAGUUGGAUGUUAGAGGACAACAUUUUGAGUUUCUUCCAUUUGGUAGUGGCAGAAGAGUGUGUCCCGGAAUUGGCUUUGCCCUUCAAAUUGUUACUUUCACACUGGCUUGUCUUUUGCAUGGUUUUGAUAUUAAUACUCCAUCAGAUGAAGCAGUUGAUAUGACUGGGACCUUUGGUCUUACCAACCAUAAAGCCACUCCACUUGAAGUUGUCUCCACUCCAAGAUUAUCUCCUCUUAUGGAUGAGGAUCCUAUAUAG